CUCGUGUCACACCCCCAGUCUGCCACUGUGAGCACAUAAAGCUGCUUUACAUCAUUUCACUUGAAUAGUUCUCCGUGUUCACGGGCGACUAUACAGUUUGGUUACGACUUAAUACGAAACGUUUGUCAUUUGGAAUGAAAAUAACUACGUUUUGAAUGGGGAUACCUCAGAUUAAACCAACUGGAUAUUGCCGUUUUCUCCGACAGAAUGAUUUAAAUAAUUACUUUAAGUAAAACGAUUUUUUUUUUCUUUCGAAACGAAAGGAAACUAUUUCAUUUACCUGUAACAUUUGACAGUAGAUGAAUCUUUUCAUCCUGGACUACAUCGAGGCCACAAGCAACAAUGUCAAAGACGCAGAAAUCAGAGUCCAGGUCCAGGUCUCGAUCGGCCUCCAGAUCCAGAUCCCAUUCUGAUUCCCGCUCCCGAUCCAGAUCACAAAGCAGCUCUAGAUCUAGAUCCAGGAAACGCAGAUAUUGCUCUAGGUCUCGCUCUCGGUCAAGAUCCCAUUCUCCAUCCCACAACCGGGAUCGGAACCACACACGGGAGUACCAGAACCAACGCGAGUUUCGAGGCAACCACAGAGGCUUCCGGAGGCCAUAUUACUUCCGGGGAAGAGGUCAGGGCUUUUUCCGUGGCCGCUUUCAGCGCGGUGGAAGGGGUGGAUAUAAUAACUACCGACCCAAAAACUGGCAGAACUUCCGGCAGCAGCACCAUCAGCAGCAACAGCAGCAGCAGUACUACCCCAACAGUCCCAAGAGGGGCCGCUCGCGUUCACGCUCUCCCAAGAAGCAGUCAAAAAGUCCUCAGUCCCGCAGCCAUUCCCGCCGCUCUGACAGGUCGUCCUCAGGGAGAUCGCCACAGUCGCACCAUUCUUCCUCCUCCAACUCUGGGUCUGCCAAACGCACUUUCAAAGAUGUAAGAGAGGACAUCUCUGUGCCUGAAGAAACCCGAGGAGGAGGAGGAGGAGGAGAUGGGGCUCUGGCAGAGCAGGUGGGGGGCUCUCCAAUGGUCAAAGGGAACUCUGAUGGAGACCGAGCUGUGGAGAACUGUCAGGUUUUGAGGAACCAUGACACAAGUCCUAAAAAGGCAAGUCCGCAGGUUUGCUCCAAUGAGCAACCGAUGGACUCUGCAGCCAACCAGACAAGUCCUGGUCGUAAUGCUCCUAAUAAAGGUGCCACCACCUGGCAGAGUGUUGAUUCUGCACCUUCAAACACCAGCCCCCUAAAGAAAAGCCUUGCACCAAUUUUUAAUGGGUUUUUAAUUGACCAACAGACAGAUGAUACGAUUGCUAUCUCCGCUGCAUUUUUGAAAUUUCUGGAGGAGCAAAAUCUUAAAAAACAGGCCUCUACAUGGGACAACAACACACAUAAAGGGAAAAGUAAUGGAGAUAUAUUAUGUGAAGAAAAUGGAGAAAUGUUUGAGAAGGGCAUUGAGUUGUCUCGCAUUGUAGAUCAUGACAAUGCAGCAGAGGAGGGGAAAUCCAAAUCUGCCAAGAGUGGUGAUGGUAACAAGUUAUCCAUAAGCUCCACUAAAAGGGGUUUGCGAAACGUCCCGGCACUUCUGUGUGAGGAUGGCGAGGACAAUGAUGAAGAAAUGGAGAUGUCUGAUAGGGUGAGGGAUAUGGAAAACGAUCCCUCCAAAAGCAAAAGCAAAGUCACGGUGUCGGCUCGAGAAAUGUUCGAGAAUCGUAUCAGAAGGAUGCAGGACAUGACAUGGGAUGAUGAGCUGGAAGCUCUCCUGCUCUGCCAUAAAAAGGAAAGAGCAGCGAAUUUACUAGCUGCUCUCUCUAAGAGAGACCAGCUCAGUGGCAUGUGUAAGGAUCCCUCACCUGAAACGGUGAAAACGGCAAAACGAAAGGAGAAAACCACACUAGGUUCCUCUUCUAAACCCACACUGCUGCCCAGGAGGAGCUCUGAGAACCACGAGCAAGAGAUGUUUGUGGUUAUGAACGAGGAAUCCCCACCAAGAGCUUCAGUGAAAAGAGGAAGUGAAUUCAGUGUGAGGAUGGAUACUUUAAGUGAUGACCUUGCAAGGACGUCUGUUUUGAGCAAUGAGAGAAGGAAUCUUCUGGAUUUACUGCAUCUUGAUAAGAAGGAUUGGGAGUUUCAAUCUGUCCUUCAGCAUCUUCAGGCUCAGCAGUCACCCAAAAGUCCAUCUGAGCUGUUUGCCCAGCACAUAGUUUCAAUUGUCCAUCACAUUAAAGCUCAAUAUUUUCCUUCCUCUGGAUUGACCCUAAAUGACAGAUUUGCCAUGUACCAGAGAAGAGCUGCUGAGAAAGAAUUCAUGAAGCAGAGAAAGAGUCCAGAAAUACACAGGAGAAUUGAUGUUUCUCCCAGUGCUUUUAAGAGGCACUCUCUUCUGUUUGAUGAGAUGAAAAGCUCCAUGGAAAACAGCUUCAAGGUUGAUGGUAAAAAAUCUAAAGGUGAUUCAGUGGACCUUCGGCUGGAUAUUGAGCGCAGAAAGAAAUACUUGAGUGGGGAGAGAGAGCACAGAGAGGAAGAGUAUGGAGGACGAGUAUUGAGGGAAUCUCCAGAUUCAAGCAAGGAAAUAUCAACUGAGAAAAACUCAAAGAACCACAAAAAACCGAAGAAAAACAAGAAGAAACGUGAGCAUUCUGAGUCAUCUUCCUCAUCUUCAUCGUCUUCCUUUGUUUACCAUGAAGAACAUGCUGAGAUCAAGGCAGAAAGCUUCUCCAAAGUCCAACAGGGGUUUAGAGAGUAUAGAGAACCUGCAGAAACUGGACGGGCACGAGGAGGCUUUCAGCUUAGAAUACGCGGCAGAAGUUGGAACCGAGGAAAUUUCCAUGGAAGCCGUAAUGGUGAUUCACAGAUGAACAUGUCAGCAAAGAAUGAUGACUGGGAUCAAGAAUACCCUCCCAAGAGCAAGAAAUAUUUCCUACCCAGUGAAAGACAUGGUGAAGCUGAGAAGAAGAUGAUGGACACACAAGGACGUGGUCGCGGUAAUGCCCUUCGCGCAAAGGGACGUUUCAUCCUCCGAAGGGCCACAAAUACCAACACCACCAAUAACACAAGCCCUAAAUGGGCCCAUGAUAAAUUCCAGGCCACUGAUGAUGAUGAGGGAGAACAGCAAGGAGAAGACGUAGAACAGGACCAGUGAGAACAGAACAGUAACGAUGUUAGGAUCUCUCAUCAUGCUUUAAACCCUGGGAUAAGACUUGUCAGCCGUCACGCUUUCAAGAAUGGAUAUAAUAUUCACAUCCAUAUGCAUCAAUACCUUUUUAAUAGGAAAGAGGCCUUUCUAUUGAAUUGCUUUAAUUUCCUAUUUUUGUCCAUGUCCAAGUUUGGCCAUGUUUUGUGCUUUCUGUGUAUUCUUUUUUUUACAUGCAAACUCUCAAAAUCAUAGGAUUUAUGUAAAUUUUUCUUUUAAAAUCUCGAAAUUGCGUACCUCCAUAAUGAAUCCUGCCUCCUUUUUUGCACAAGACUUUUAAAACAUGCAAACGAAGAACAAAAAAUUAAUAUCUAAGUAGCGGAAGACUGAUUAAAAAAGGGCAGGUCAAACUGAUCAGCCGAUAUUUGUCCAAUUUGAGAUUACUAGUACUUGAUUAAAGGAAAUGUUUAUCUCCCCUCUUUAUUAGUUUUCACAUUUUACCGAUAGCUUUGUCUCUGGAUAGUAAGAAAUUUUAUUUUUUAUUUGUGUGUGAAUUUUGAUUGUUGUGUAAAAUUAUUCAACGUAAUAUGACACGCUCUGCUUUAAGUAUGUUGAUAUCAGGCAUCAAAAAGCCAAUUUCAUUUGACCACUAGUUCAAUGGUUAGGUGCCGUUGAUACACAAUAGUUCCUGAAGUGUAGAAUACUAGGCUGGUUAUGUACUCGUUAUUGCUGUUGAAAAGUAAAAGAUGUACAUAUUAAUGUUUUGUUGACUUAAUUGAAACUCUUUGAGACCCUUUUGUGUCUACCUAUAAAAAACGAAGAUCAUGACUUGUAUGAAUGACUCAGUCUCGCUAUGGGACCAAACUACAGCAGGUAGACAAUCAUGUCCCAGUCAGUGACAUGUGGGGGAAAAAGAUUUACAUUCAUCCAACUGCUAGUUAAAGAGGUCAACUUUGAAACUGGACAAACAGCCUAUGAAUAAAGUUAAAUGUACAUGCACUUACAAAUGUUUUAAAGACUGAUCGAUUUUUGACUUAUUAGGGUGCAGGUUUUUGACAAUAUGUGUGUGCAUCCUGUUAUGGUUUUUCUAAUGUGUGUCUUGUCUUCAAAUUGUAUGCCUUUUUCUAUUGGCUAAGCACCUUCUUUAGAUGGAGUAAUCAUUUUGGCACUAAGAUAGUAGUAAUAAUAAUAAUAAUGUUUUGGGGAAUUUGUUUUUGAAGAUUUGAAGUUUAAAGUAUAUCAUGGGGGGGAACGUGAAAAAUUUACAUUCAUACUCAAAGUUGGAUUUUAGUUGUCUGGGUUCUGAUUUGCACUGUUUGAUAUAUACAUUUUGACUUGCAUUUAUAUACUCAUAAUCGGAAAAAAUAAAAAUGCAGCAAUUUUA